UAUAACGUAAUUCCUCAAUGGCGAUCUUCAUAGGAUUUUUUACAGAUUUUACUUAUCUUUGCAGUAUCCAUUAAAGAUAAUCAGAAUAUAUUAAUGGAGGAAGAAGAAGAUUCAAGAAAGAUGUCUGCGACAUACGUAAGAAGUACCAAGGAAAGCACAGUAGAUUUAAGUGACAUUACAGAGGAGUUUCUAACAUGCCCUAUUUGCACCGAGGAGUUCGCGGAUCCCCGGAUGUUACCGUGCCUGCAUUCUUACUGUCAUCAUUGCAUCUCGGAUUACAUUGUUGAGAAUACACGUGAGGUUAAAUCAGCCAAGUCUUUCGCGUGCCCUGUCUGCCAGGCUAACGCUGAAGCCACCAAUCCAAUGAAUUCGGUACAAACAUGGGCAGAUGAUCUUCCUGUAAAUAACUUUAUUUUUGGGCUGAUAGAUGCAAUUCAGUUACGGACAGGCGAGCGACAGUGUGACCCUUGUAAGAAAAUGGAUAAGUCAAAUAUGGCUACCAUUUGGUGUCAUCAGUGUGGCGAGGCAAUGUGCGACUCGUGUACGGGACUACAUAAUAGUAUGAAAUACUCAACGGGGCAUAUCACCUCGGAUAUAGACGAAGUAAAACAAACUCCCGUGAAAACUACCCAGUUGAGAUUGCAAUGUCCUAAACAUGAAGCAAAGUUCUUAGAUUAUUAUUGUUCCGAUCAUGGAGAAGUAUUGUGUACAUCAUGUGUGACAUCAAGUCAUAGAGAUUGUAAGAGCGUACAAUUUGUGAGUGAGGCUGCCGCAACGCUGAAGCAUGAUGGUAAAUAUAUCUUGGAUAACCUUUCCAAAAUUACAGAAUGGUCCGUUCGAGUUAUGGAAAACAGAAAACAAUGUCUAAAGGAAAUCCAAGGCGCAGCAGAUUCGGUUAAAGACCAGAUAAAAAGCAUUAGAAAUAGAGUGAACGCUAUUCUGGAUGUACAGGAGAAAAAGAUGAUAGCAGAACUCAAACAACACGAGCUGGAGGAAGCUGAAAAGUUCGAAAAGGAAAAGAAUCGCUGUAAGGAAAUUAUAAGCGUUACGAGGAAUGCGAAUGCUCUCUUGAAAAAUUCACUUAAACACGGGACUGAUACCGACGUCUUGUCUUGCAUGGCCAAAAUAAAAGCAGCAACGCGAAAACACGAAAAGGAGGUCCGAGAUCUUUGUAAACGUCUCAAUACUGUCCAAAUUGAAUUUCGUGAAGAUGAAUCGAUAAAUGAAAUGCUGGCACGUCUUGCGGAAGAGGUCGGACAUUUUUCCGUAUCUCACCAGACAGUCAAUAUCCCUCCAUCUUACCAUGUGAGGUCAGAUACAAUAUUCAUUACACAGAAUGAAGACGACGAAGGUGAUGAAGAUGAGCAAUAUUUGUCAAAAAAUGCAACUCCAUUUGGUGGCAAAGAAUCUUCUGCGAGUAAAAUGUCAAAACCCUCACAUUCAACUAUUAAUGGAGCUAACUCGGUAAGGACGGGUGGGAAAAGUUCUGUUAAUUCGAAACGAAGAGGGUCCCAAAAUCACAAUUUUAAAGGUCAAGGUCAUUCAUCAAAACCCUUUUUGUAUUCUGCUUCAGCUCGGGGUUCUCUGAAAAAGGGAAAGAUAUACUCAUCUCAGUUACUACCUAUUCCUUCCUCAAGAAUGAAAGAAGAUAGUAAUAGAACUCAGGAAACAUCCUCUGAAAGUACAAAUUGUUCACCUCAGCCAUCAGCAUAUCGUCUUAGCGGGACCACUCGAAUAAGUGGAGAUAUCUCAGCACGAGUCAACUACACACCAAUAUCACCGGGGAAACUACCUACUGUUCGGAAAGGAGCAAUUAAACGAGCACUCCCAGAUACUACCUUUGUUGCCCGCACACCAAAUGACCGUGAUAAUGUCUGUUUGACGGGGGCUACGUUUUUAUCCGAUGGAAAAAUUGUUCUGGUCGAUCAAGUUCACCGGAAGAUAAAGCUGUAUGACGACAUGCAACGAUGGGUUUCUGAGAAAGUCUUGUCAGCACGGCCUUAUGACAUAACUGUAAUUGCACCUUUCGAAAUAGCAGUCACUAUUCCCAAAGAGAAACGUGUUUUACUUUUUUAUGUGCGCGAUCCAGAAAUAUCUGUAUCGUCAAGUUUUCAAACAGGAUCGAAAUGUUGGGGAAUAAGUUCAUCUCAAGGCACUAUUGCAGUUUCUUGUUACACAGCUCCGCCAUGUGUCAAAUUGAUGACCCGCGAUGGCAGAGAAAUAAAGACAAUUAACGCUGACCAAUACGGCCACCAGUUAUUUUUCUUUCCCGAAUAUGUUGCGUUCGAUAAUAUAGGGGAAACCUUGUACGUAACAGAUAGGUAUAAAAAGUCCGUUAUUUCUGUGACCGUCCGUGGUGAGAAACGAUGGGAAUCAAAACCAAAUUCUCUGAAGGCACCUCGUGGAAUAACUGUACACGGAACACGCGUGUACAUUGCUGGGAGCAGAUCUCACAAUAUCUGUGCUAUGACGACCAUGGGAGAAAUGUUGGGUGACGUGAUCAAACAAAACCUGUCAUCACCUCACAAAGUGUGUCUGAACUCACAGGGUGACACAAUGCUUGUGACACAACAUGCUGUAACAUUGAUACCGGUUGAGAAAAACACUGUUAAGCUUUUCAAAUUGCAAAACGAUUGGCGUGACAAUUUUACUGACACAGAUUCAAAAAUUUCGGAUAUAAUUGAAUGACUUUAAUUUCGAAAAUCUAUUUACAAUAUAAUAUUAUGAGGGUCUGGUGGGGUUUACAGAAUGGAGAAUAAUGGGCCAAAUCUACAGAAAAAUGGGCAAAAAAAAAGAUUAUAGAAUAAUGGGGUGCUAAAAUAUAAAGAAUAGAGAAAAUUAUAAAGAAUACAGAAAUGAAAGACCCCCCCCCCCCCCCCCACCCUGGAUAAACAUAUAUACAGAUAAGAUAAGAUAAGAUAUGUUUUAUUCCAAUUAAAGGGCCCACGAAGAGCAACUAAUUUAUUAUAUUGACACAAUAUAAUUUUGAAAUCGUAUAUAAAGUAAUUUAUAUUCAUCGAUCAUAGUAUAUUCACAUUUCUUAAUCAAUUUUUUCCGGACAAACAACGCGGGUAUAUUCAAGCUACUGAGGAUUUAAAUAUUGUCUUAACAUGUUUUUAUUCAUUGCAAGUAGUGUCUUAAUUGUGUUGAAUUUACUGCAGUAAAAAUAUCUGCAUAUUGACUUAAAUUCUUUACGUGACUCAAUUAAUUGUUAUCAGUCCUUUGAAAUCGGUUCAAAAUAAUUGUUUCAAAUCAAAAUUUGCUUAUUUAUUGAGAAAGAAGAAGGUAUCAUUACGUCAGAACCUUAAAGUACACAAUUGAUGUGGCUCUACUGUGUUUCGUUUGUAAAGAGUCAAAGACUUCUUUGAAAUGACCCUGUAGUUGAAAGUUGACCCUUCCGGUUUUAAAUGAAAUACUAUCAUAAUGAUAUAUUUUGUAACUGUUGUAUUAUCAUGAUGAUAUUAUUGUAAUUUAUUUAUAUUGUGCAUCAAUUAUUAAAUCAUAGUUUUGAUUAUU